UUGUUUGCAGGUUUACGACUAGGUCAGGGCCAGUUGCCACCGCAUCAACUGCUAAUAGCUGGCCCUGAUGGCAAAACGGUGUCCGUUGGUGGCGAACAUAGCAGUGCUGAUCAAGUGGCUCUGAUCCUCAAGCAACAACACAUCAUCAAUGUGCUACGAUCAAAAAUGGAACAGAGUUCACGAGAAAACGAUCGUUUAAAAGCAAUUAUGGAUGCAAAUAUGCUGAUCGAAAAUCUGGAUAAGCGCACAGCAACGCGUGCAUACGAAUCACAGCGUUUACAGGUGGGUAGUCAUUUCACAUAUUCGUACCAGCUGUUGCUUUGAGU